AGGCAAACGGAUUUCCAAAAUUAAGCAACAUGCAGACCGGUUACCUAUGGCAGAUCCUACUGGCGGUGGCCACGAUCUACAGUUGCCUGUCGCCCGUAGCGUGUGUCUAUGAGGAAACAAUUCAGAUAUUUCUAGAGGAGUUUCGUAUGCGAAUGUGCCAUCCGAUACCGAACUUGGGCCUGCCCGCAUUGGAUCCACUAGAGCUAGGUCCUGCAGAGACAGCUGUGAAUAACAAAUACCUUGUCGACUUUACUGGUUCGAUUCAGGACUUUAAGCUGACUGGUCUUUCAGAUUUCAUUGUAAAUACGCUAAAAAUAAAUGUUAUUCCUGGACUGACGAAGAGUACGAUUAAUGUCACCUUUCCACACACCUAUUUAAAAUCCCUAUAUACCGCCAAGGGUUCCUUGGCCUAUAUUCUGAAUUUGUCUGGCGACGGCAAUGCGGAGGUGGCAAUAAAAGACUUUUCGCUCGAAAUCUCAUGGAGAAUUAAAGCGUCGACGUCGACUUUAGCCAUCACAGGCUUACAAAUCGAAAUGCAUAUGGGAGAUUUGAAAAUUAACUUUGAAAAUCUGUUGGAAGAGAAGCGCAUUGAUGACUUCGUACAUGCCUUGGUCAAUGAAAUGGGCGUCGAACUGCUAGGCGAUAUAUGGGACUAUGAGCAGAACACGGUAGUCGACAAGGUCGAAACGCUGAUCAAUAGCAAAAUAUCGGAUCUUCUGAAAAUUAUUACUGGAGGCAAUGGUGAAGGCGGUGAAAGUUCUCCAAUUUUUGAGGGAGUCGAACCGGAUUGUAAGAUCGAUGCUCGUAAAUAAGGCUGAUAAAUUUUUUUAAUGUAUUUAGCAAUAAAAAAAAAGUAACCUUCAAGGAUUGUAUUAUCUA